ACAAUGCACAUGUAUAAUGAGUAGAGCCUGUUCCUCUGUUAAAAGUGUGACCCUGACCUACUGCAGGCAGUGUAAUCAUUUACUGCGCUGUGUUGUUUCCCCAUCUCUCAUCGGCUGAUGACGUCCAAGUGUGUGCACGUCUCACUAGUAUCAGAGGUUCGAGGCAGAUGCCAUUCCCACCGCCUUCCCCCGGCACGUGUAUCGUUCGUAGGUCUUCUUUCACAUAACAACAGGAGACACAAUGAGCAAAGAGAAGAGGCAGGACGAUGACGGCUGCCUUCUUGAUGACGAUAACGAUAUGAGAGACGCAGGGCAGGUCUGGUCUACUAGUCAUGGACCCUAUGAAGAGGAAGACAGAGUUAAUUUUUGUAGUGAUGGGAAAACACAGAUAGAUUUCGUGUUGGUUUGGGAGACAAACAACUACAAACAAGAUGAACAUAAUGAAAAGAGGCAAAAAUACUUUGAGAAUCUACAGAUACAUGGCCUUCUUCUGGAGCAGCACUUUCUCGAGAUUGAGGACCUAACUGUGAAUUUCAUGCUGCUUAGUGCUCCGUUUGCAACCUUGUGUCACAGUGCGGAGGACAUGUCCAUGAGAGCCCCCCUGCACGAGAUCCACAGUAGUGAAUCCAGCCAUUGGCAUUUCCCUGGUUCUAAAUGGUUUUUCAAAGAAAAUGUCCCAAGACAUCCUCCAGAGCUGUUCACCUGUCCCUUUAGAACUUCUGCAUUUACUAAAUAUCUGGGAAGUGGUAACAAAGAAACAUUUUUCACAAAUACCCAACGUCAUCAGAUGCUCUACGAGAUUCUGGCUCGUACUUCAUAUGGUAAUGCCUGCAAGGGUGAGGUCGGUGUGGAGAGAUUACUGCGGGAAGAUGUGCUAACUGAAGCAUACCCUCUGCAUGAUGGCGAAUACACCCACAUACCUGGGACAGACCCUAAAUGUAUGACAUACAGACAGAUACUGUUUGAGUACUGGGCUUCUUGGAGAAAGUGGCACAAGUACCAGCCAGUGGACCACAUCAGGAAGUACUUCGGAGAGAAGAUAGCAAUGUAUUUUGCAUGGCUGGGCCUGUACACUACAUGUCUCCUGCCUGCCGCUGUAGUUGGAACCAUUGUUUUCUUGGUGGGUGUUUACUUGCUGACCACUGAUAUACCUGCGAAAGAAGUGUGUGAGAGUAAUGGAAUGUUCACCAUGUGUCCUGUUUGUACCAUAUGUCCGUAUUGGAAUCUUUCAAGCACCUGUGAGCAGUACAAGGCAGGUGUGCUGUUUGACAAUGCCGGGACACUUCUGUUCAGUAUCUUCAUGUCAAUCUGGGCAGUGACCUUCUUAGAGUGCUGGAAGAGACUGAAUGCCUCUCUGUCCUACCAAUGGGGCUGCUUUGAAUUCCAGGACAUUGAGGAGAUUCCUCGUCCUGAGUUCUCAGCUUUAGCUCCUCUAAUUGCACGCAAUCCAAUCACUGGAAUGCUAGAACCAUAUUUUCCAAAUGAUAAACGUCUUCGAAGAGUCCUGACGGGAUUCAUGGUGAUCAUAUUGAUGAUUGCUGUGGUUAUCAUGGCUCUGAUUUCUGUCAUCGUGUAUCGGCUCAUCAUCUCUGUGCUUGUUGCAAAAAGUACCAACAAGGUUCUCACCUUAUCUGCAAGUUACUUUGCCAGCAUCACCGGGUCGUUUCUGAACUUGAUUGCAAUUCUAGUGCUGUCCAGGAUCUAUUUGUCUCUGGCUCAUUUUCUGACUCGCUGGGAAAUGCACCGCACGCAGACACAGUACGAAGAUGCAUUUAUCUUAAAAGUCUUUAUCUUCGAGUUUAUUAAUUAUUAUUCUGCCCCCAUAUACAUUGCAUUCUUCAAAGGAAGAUUUGCAGGUUAUCCUGGAAAUUAUACCACCCUUUUCCAAUUCCGUAAUGAAGAAUGUGGCCCAGGAGGGUGUCUAUUUGAGCUGGCCCAGCAGCUGCUGAUUAUUAUGGUGGGAAAGCAAGUCUUGAACAACUUAAAAGAAUUUGUAAUUCCGAAGCUGACUCUCUGGUGGCACAGCAAAAUCUCCACUGCUAAGGCUGAUAAGAAGAGUGAUAAGAACACAGAGAAACCAUGGGAAAGAGAUUAUAAAUUAAUCUGUUAUGGAGGACUGUUUGAUGAGUACCUAGAGAUGGUCAUUCAGUAUGGGUUUGUCACCAUCUUCGUUGCUGCCUGCCCGCUGGCUCCUCUUUUUGCUGUGCUUAAUAACUGGAUUGAGGUUCGCCUAGAUGCGCAUAAAUUUGUCUGCGAGUACCGCCGCCCUGUGGCUCACCGUGCCCAAGACAUUGGAAUAUGGAUGUCCAUCCUAAAAGCCAUUACCUGCAUUGCUGUCAUCGCGAAUGCAUGGCUUGUGGCCUUCACUUCAGAUUUCAUACCACGCUUCUAUUACCAGUACAUAACACAUGGAGAUUUACACGGAUACAUCAACUUCUCCCUUGCGGCGGCGCCUGAGGUGUAUGUGAGAGAAAACCAGCCCUGCAGGUAUCAAGCAUUAAGAGACAGAGAAGGGAAACUGACUAUGGAUUUCUGGAUCAUUAUGGCAUUACGACUGGGAUUUGUCAUUAUAUUUGAGCAUCUGGUGUUUUUCCUUGGUCAAGUAAUUGAUCAUCUGGUUCCGGACAUCCCAGAGUCUAUUCAGAUAAAGGUGAAGCGAGAGCUGUACUUGGCCAAGCAGGCGUUAGCAGAUCAUGAGGAAUGGGCUUUGAGUUAUCUAUCUGACAUGGAAACAAAACAUGCCGAAGUACAUUCUCGCCAGACUGAUCCUGCCCCCAUCCCUAUACAACAUGCCAAGCAGAAGUAACAUGCACUGUGGGGUGUGCAUUUAUACCUGGAAACGCAUAGUGAGGAGGCUCCAGACCUCACCGGCUACUCCCUUAUCCAGACGUUGCAGAGCAUUGUAUUGGCAAACUGGAUAUUUUGAUUGGAGGACAGGCUUCUUUGAUUCCUGACACAAGCUUGGCCUAUUUGAAUAUGACAUAUGAUUAAAUAAUAAUUUAUUAUAAAGCAAAAAAAUCCAUUUAAUGGCAAGAAGUAUAUCCAGGUAUAUUUAAUAGAGAUAAUUUGCUGUUCCUAAUGGUUCAAGAAAAAAAGGUUUACAUCAUUUAGACUAGAAACCAGAUUUAUUAUUUUACAUAUAGUCUAUUAUGCCCUUGUUUUCGUAUUAGUUGUGGGCAAGUCAAUCUGUUUUUAUGCUUAUAGUGAUGAUUGUGGAAUAUUGCAAUGUAGUCUUCUUCCUACUAAAUUAAAU